AUGGAUGCAUUCAAGGACUCACUUUCCACAGUACUGACUCCACAUGAUUUUUUAACCAGUGGCUUUUCGGUGAAACCUAAUGAACCAAAAGUAAUUGGAGAUCGAUGCUUAGUUUGCAAUGAUCGUCAUGCACGUAUGCAUUAUGGUGCAUUAACCUGUUUUGGUUGUAAAGGUUUUUUCCGACGAACCUUAAAAAGAUCUACUCAAUAUACAUGUCGACAAAAUGGCACUUGCCCUGUUGAUAAAUAUGAACGCAAUUCUUGUCGUUUCUGUCGAUUUAAAAGAUGCUUAGAAGUUGGCAUGGAUCCUAGAGCAGUUCGACCUGAUCGUGACACCACAGGGCGUCAUCAUGUAUGUCGCACACGUAAACUCGGCAGUACUGGUAAUCAAGUGGUCGAGGAGGCUGAAAUCGGUGAAGAAUGGAUUUGGCGAUUACCAGUCGAUAUGCGAACAGUGCUAAUGCGUUUAAUGAAUGUAGAAAUUAUUGCAUCUUCUGGUAAAGCACUGUUAAAUGCUACCGAAAUCUAUCCACUUCAGUGUGGAUCUCUUGAAGAUUUCCUUAGUGAUGCCACUCUUCUUAAUGGACGAAAAACUGAGAUUGGUUAUGAACCAUAUCGAAGAGUGGGAAAAGAUGACUUGGUGGCAAUUGUGCACCGCAAUGUUUUGGCUGUGAUAGACUGGAUUCAUCAGUUGUGUGAUUGGAUGGGACGAAUUUCACUGCAUGACAAGUUUUUGCUUACACGUCACGGUUUUGCGCCAUUGAUGAUAUUCAGUACAGCAGCUGGUACUGCAAAUGCUACCGAUGAUAAAGAAAUACUUUGUCUUUCCAGACUAGGUUAUAUGCCACGCAAUGCACAACACAUAUAUGGCGAUAUGCAUUACUUAUCAAAUGGACUUGUUGAUCAAAUCAUUGACGAAUUAGUCGUACCACUACGUGUUCUGAAACUCAAGAAUGAAGAAAUAACGCUAAUGAAGGCUAUUAUCGUACUAAACCCUCGUUCGUGUUAUACCAGUCUUUCAUGUUUUGCUGCUGCACAAAUCCGCAGUCUGCGUGAUCGAGUUCAGGAAACCCUAUAUCAAGUGAUACGUGAAAUUCAUCCAUCAGUGGCACCAUCUUCCAGAUUUGGAAAUUUAUUACUACACUUUUCUUCUGUAGCGAUUUUUGGUCUUAAAAUGGAAGAAAAUUUACGAACUCUUCAACAAAGUACCUCUUCGCAUACGGAUCCCAUCCUAUAUGAUUUAUUAAUGGAUGAUGGAAUUAUACGACGUAAUCACAUAGCGCUAUCUGCUACCCCAAGUUUGGAAAGCAGUAUAGAUGGAUGGGACGGAUUCAUGGUUCCCAGUUAUUCAAAUUUAUCCGUAUCAUCAUUGAUUAGUCAAACAAGCACAUCGAUGAGUGAAUUUGAGACAACUAGCGAUUACUCCGAAGACUGCAAUCAAAGCUUUACUUCAUAUGGUGCACUUUACGAAGAUACAAGUCAAAUUGUAUCAAUACCACCAUCACAUGAACCGCAGUACCGAACGACUCCAGAUCAUGAAGUGGAAUUACCGUUCUCGGAAUUCACGACAAAUAAUUUUACCUCAGUAGACCAACUAGAAUCAGAUCCUAAUUAUAACAUCACACUGACUCCAAACAUGUUUACAGAAAUGCGUGAAGCACUAAAUGCAGCAAAUCAAAUAGGCACUGACUCCACCUUAUCAACACCUCCAAAUUCAACUUACCAUGGACAUACACGCUAUUCCUAA